UACACACCAACUCCACCAUCAAAAGUGAAAGUGACGAAACUAUCUUAUAAUAAUAAUGAAGAAGAAGAAGAAGAAGAAAGUGUCACCAAAAGCUUCCAUAAAAACUUUGAUAUGUUUGAAUAAUCAGCUACGCCUAGUGGGGACUCUUCGGUGACCAAAGAACAAAACACAAAAACAAGAAAGGAGCGUGUGAAGACAAAGAAAAAAGAAGCUUUUAACAACUUAGAAAUGGCUUCUUCUCCUCUCUUUUUUGUAUAAAGAAAAAAAGAAAACUUCACUGAUCAAUUCAUCCCAAUCACUAAAGAAAAGAAGCCAAACAGUAGGUACCAAUGCGGCUUCGAAAUUCCAUUUCCAACACCAAAAAGUUCUUUCAAAAAACCAUACAAAGUUUCAAGUCUUUCUUCGCUGGUUGUGAACCUUACCAAAAGCUACCCAAAACCUCUCCUCACAAUCCAUUUUCAUUCAGUAAUACUGCCGGCGUUGACAUGAAUCCCCGGACAAGUAAUCACCAAGAACGUGAAAAGUUGUAUACUGACUUCUCUGGCCGGUGGGACUCGGACAAUGGCAAGGCAAAGAAGAGAAACAAGAAGAAGAUGAUGUCAACUUAUCCAACAGGAGAACAGAAAGAAGGAAACAAGGGAAGUUUCACGCAGUUAUCAAAGCAAAGAAAAUUAAGUUAUGGUCAGUCUAAAACGAGGACUGGCCAGGUGGAGAAAAGGCAAGAAGAUUAUUCAUAUUCAAAGAGUAAGAGAGAAGCAAGGAGUUUGUCAGUGGCACAAAAGCUGAAGGAGCUAGAGAUGAUGGAUAUGAGCAAUGUGGAUCAUGUUCUUGACAUUGAAGAGGUUCUUCAUUACUAUUCUCGCCUGACUUGCCCUGCCUAUCUUGACAUCGUCGACAAGUUUUUCAUGGACGUGUACACAGAAUUUUUUGGUCCGCCAGCUUCUCCUAGAAGUGUCAAUUCGAGGCCAAAAUUUCGAUCAGUGAGAGCCUGAUCAAUACCCUUUUUUCAUUUUGUCUCUCUCUUCAGAGAAUUUGGGACAGGUCAAGAAUUGAAGUUGUCAUAAUUACUUCUGUUACAACUUUUUUUUUCUCUCUCUUUGUUCAUAUUUGUCUCCAAUCCAUUAAUUCUUUGAGUUUCUCUGCAUAUCCGUGUUUACUUUUCUCAAUUUUCUUGAUUGAUGCCAUUUGACGCAAGAUUGUGAGACAAUAUUUGAAAUCUAAUAUGCUUAUUGAUUGUACAUUGAUUACAUAUUCAAUUUGAUCAGUUUCAUCCCUUUGUGGUUG